AUGCCCGUCAUCCUCGCUUUCCCUGACUUCAUCUCGCCGGUCCCGUACCCCCUCCGCUGCCAUGCACAGGAACGCGAGGUUUCGCGCGAGUCCGAGGAGUGGCUUCUCAGCAUGGCGAACUUCUCGGAGAAGCAGCGCGCCAAGUUCCUCACUCUGAACGCCGGUCUCCUCAGCGGCAUGUGCUAUAUCGACUGCUCGUUCGAUGAGCUCCGCGUCUGCACCGACUUCAUGAACUUCCUCUUCACCCUCGACGACUGGACAGACGAGUUCGACGUGACAGGGACGCGCGGCCUCGCGGAGUGUGUGAUGAACACGCUCUACUGGCCGCACACGUACUCGUCGGAUACCGCAGCGCACAGGCUCACGAAGUCGUUCUGGGUGCGCAUGCAAGAGACCGCAGGCCCUGGUUGCCAGCAGCGCCUCAUGUCCACGCUCGACACCUACUUCCAAGCAAUCAUGCAGCAGGCGGACGACCGCGGCUCCGAGAACAUCCCUGAGUUGGAGGAGUACAUCCUGCUCCGCCGCGACACAAGCGGCUGCAAAACGGGCUUCGCGUUCAUUGAGUACGCGGCGCGCAUCGACCUCCCGGACGACGUCGUCGAGCACCCGAUCAUCAAGGCGCUCGCUGACGCGACGAACGACCUCGUGUCAUGGGCAAAUGACGUGCUCUCAUACAAUGCGGAGCAAGCCCGCGGCGAUACGCACAACCUCGUCUGCGUGCUCAUGCACAUGAACGGCGUUGACCGGCAAGACGCGAUUGAGCUCGCCGGGGAGCUCUGGACGAAGACGCUCGAGUGGUUCUUCGAGUGCCGCAAGGUCGUCCCGUCUUGGGGCGCCGAGAUCGACCGGCAGGUCGCGCUGUACAUCCAGGGGCUCGAGGACUGGAUCAUCGCGAACGCGGAGUGGAGCUUCGAGACGGAGCGCUACUUCGGCAAGGACGGCCACGCCGUGAAGAAGUCGCGCAAGGUCGCCCUCCUCCCGCAGCGCGUCCGCGCAUGA